GGUUCUCUCCAGUCUCCUUGCGCAACAACUAUUUAAUUCUGUUUUUCAUGGUAGAACAUAGUGGGGAAACGAAUCCCAGUUUGGUAGAUUAUCACAGAAUUAUACUGUCUACUGUUUGUAAUGUACGUUUUCAUUUAAUUAUUUGGAUUUUCUUCAGUUGAGCUUUAAUAUUUACAGAUUAGACUGUUCUAAAGAGAACAACUUACCCCCAAAACUUUUAUUUUCCGUAUUCUCAUAUGGGUUAUCUUUUCUUUUAGUUUGGUUUAAGAAAUCAUGCCUUACUUGAGGUGGGUUUUCGCUUUGGAGGGUAAAAGGUAGAAUCUUCUAUUAAAUUUGGAUGUUUAAAACUCGGGUGUUUUCUGUUGUGAGGUAGGGUAUGAAUUGUUUAGUAAUUGGGUAGCAAUUUGUAUUUAAAGGGGAUAAUUGACAAAGUUCUUCAGCGUUCAUACAAAUGAAUUGGGCGAACUUUUUGAUAGGGAGAAAGAAUGAGCAUUAAGCUUCAUUCCCCUUUUAUUGGGACACCAAUUUGUAGUUCUUUAGAUGGAAGAAAGAAUAGUAAACUUGUCCAUUUUGGACGAAGAUGGAGGCACCCUGAAAGAAGAAGUUUUUUAAAAUGUUAUAAGAAGAGUAAUUGGCCACCAAAUGGGGUAUGGUUUCCUCAAAUUUAUGGGAAAAUUGUGAAAUUUCUGAAAGGCGAUAUUGAAUUAAGGAAUGGGUUGAGGGUGAAUUACGUGAAGGAGCGUCUCUCACAGGGGAAAGAGCUGGUGAAAUCUCUUAACCCAUUGUGGCAAGAAGGGCUACUUCUUUUUCGAUGCUCGAUUUUCGCAGCAGUGAUUUCUGGGGUGUGCUUGUUGCUAUGGUAUGGCCGUGCGAAGGCCAAGGAGUAUGUUGAAUUGAAGCUAUUGCCUUCAGUUUCUUCGGCGCUAAGUGAAUACAUUGAACGUGAAACGAAUUUUGGUAAGGUCCGGAGAAUCUCACCGUUGAGCAUUACAUUGGAGUCGUGUUCUUUUGGGCCUCAUUCAGAAGAAUUUUCAUGUGGUGAGGCACCAACGAUAAAGCUCCGGAUUCACCCUUUUGCCAGCUUAAGGAGGGGAAAGGUUGUGAUUGAUGCAGUUUUGUCUCACCCAACAUUGUUGGUUGCACAAAAGAAGGAUUUUACUUGGUUGGGGAUACCCUAUAUUGAAGAGGUUGGUUUGGAGAAACAUGCUUCUACAGAAGAUGGUAUCGAUAAUCGUACAAGGAUCAGGAGGGCUGCGAGAGAAGAAGCUGGUGCUUGCUGGGCUAGAGAGAGAGAUGAUGGUGCUAGACGAGCUGCCGAGACAGGGUAUAUUGUGCCUAACCAUGGUUCUGACUCUACUGAAAUCUAUGCUGAGGCAAGUAAAAAUGGUUCAGAAGAAUCCAUGAAUGAGCAAUCACACUUGUGCGGAGAUGAAGGAAUGCAUUGGAAAGAUCAUCAUUCCAUGGAUACUGGUGUUCCAUAUGAUGUGAAACAUGAUGAUUUGGAGAAAUCUUUUGGUUAUCUAGCUAGAUCAGAGCUCAAGCCACUUUCCCAAACUGCAUUAGGUCCAACAGUGCCCAAGUUUAAAAAGAAAGCUAAUGGAAAAGACCUCUCUGUGUCUGAUGUGACUGCUAAAAGAAGGAUUCUUGAGCAAAGUGCUGCUGCAGCUUCCCUGUACUUCCGGGAUAUUAGACAUGAAAAACUUGCCCAAUCUCCGAGUGACACUUCUCUUGGAAAUGUAAAUGAUGUAAUAAGGCCAGCCACUAAUCGCAGUGAAGUUAUUGAUGUUAUAAGCGAGGAAGAUGACGAUUAUGGGGUGUCUAAAGCAACAACUCACAGCACAAGAAAUUUAAGACAUGAUGAUGAUUGGCCACAAUUGUUUUCUUUUCCGAAUCAAAAACUGGAAAAUACUGCUAGGUCCAAUUUAUUCCAUUCAUCUAAUCCUCAAGUAGGUGAUGCUAAGAUGACCAAUGACUCAUUCCACCGUGUUGGUGUCACUGGCAAGGAGGAUUUUAAUAAGAGUAGCAGAGUUUCAGGAGGUGUUGAUGUUAUAAGCAGAGAUGAACUUGUAUCAGAUGAAUCUGACAAAAAGGAUAUCCAAGGUUUUGAAUCCUCUAUGAAUACAUCUACUCAUCAAGGCAAUACUGAAUCAUUUGAUCAAGCUCUCACGAAUAAAGAACCUUCACUUGAAGACAAUAAUUCACAUUCUGCAAGGACCCAAAGUUUAAGGUCAAACUCGUCCUUCUUUAAAGGAAACAUUGGUGAGGAAGUCUCUCAUUUUGUUUCUGAUCCAAUCCAAAAGUUGAAAAAUGGUGUGGAUGGCACACUUGGGGAUGUUGCCACAAAUAUAGUAGAAGUGGAUGAUAUCAGUAGUGAAAGGAUCGAUAAAACACUGCCAGUUAUUCUUGAUUCUGUUCAUUUUAAAGGAGGAACUUUAAUGCUUCUUGGAUACGGGGAUGCAGAACCCAGGGAAAUGGAGAAUGUUGAUGGGCAUAUAAAGUUUCAAAACCACUAUAGUCGAGUACAUGUGCAACUUAGUGGCAAUUGUCAGAUGUGGCGGUCGGAAAGGACAAUGGAUGAUGGUGGUUGGUUAUCUACUGAUGUUUUUGUUGAUAUUAUUGAGCAAAAGUGGCACGCCAAUCUGAAAAUUAAUAAUCUUUUUGUGCCGCUUUUCGAAAGGAUCUUAGAAAUUCCAAUUGCAUGGUCAAAAGGAAGAGCAAGUGGUGAGCUUCACAUUUGCAUGUCAAGUGGGGAAACAUUUCCUAAUCUUCAUGGUCAGCUAGAUAUCACUGGCUUAUGCUUUCAGAUACUGGAUGCUCCCUCAUGUUUUUCAGACAUGUCAGCCAGUUUAUGCUUUCGUGGUCAAAGGGUAUUUUUGCACAAUGCUAAUGGUUGGUUUGGAAGUGCUCCUUUAGAAGCAUCUGGAGAUUUUGGCAUUCAUCCCGAUGAAGGAGAAUUCCAUCUAAUGUGCCAGGUUCCUUGUGUGGAGGUAAAUGCUCUUAUGAAAACAUUCAAGAUGAAGCCUCUAUUGUUUCCAUUGGCGGGAUUUGUAACUGCAAUCUUCAACUGUCAAGGCCCACUGGAUGCUCCUAUUUUUGUGGGCAGUGGGAUGGUUACAAGGAAGAUGGGCACAUCAGCUUUUGAUACUAUUGCAUCAUCGGCCUUUGAAGCAGUAGUAAAAAGCAAAGAUGUGGGUGCUGUGGCAGCAAUGGAUCGUAUUCCAUUUUCUUAUUUGUCAGCGAACUUCACCUUUAACACUGACAACUGUAUUGCAGAUUUAUAUGGAAUUCGAGCUAGCCUUGUGGAUGGUGGUGAAAUUCGAGGGGCAGGGAAUGCUUGGAUUUGCCCAGAGGCUGAGGUGGAUGAGACAGCAUUGGAUGUGAAUUUUUCUGGAAGUUUAUCCUUUAAUAAGAUUCUACACCGAUAUUUACCAGGUUUUCUGGAUUUGCUUCCUAUGACAUUGGGGGAACUGAAGGGCGAGACUAAAGUUUCUGGAUCCCUUCUUAAACCGAGAUUUGAUGUGAAAUGGAAUGCACCGAAAGCUGAGGGUUCAUUUGUUGAUGCCCGAGGAGAUGUCAUAAUCUGCCAUGAUUAUAUUGCUGUUAACUCAUCAUCGGUUGCUUUUGAUUUGUAUACAAAAGUCCUGACGUACUAUCCAGAAGAAAACUGGUUGAAUGAAGAUCAUUAUGAUGUGAAGACUGCAAAAGCCUUUAUUGUAAAAGGACUUGAAUUAGACUUACGCAUGCGUGGCUUUGAGUUUUUUAGUAUGAUUUCGUCCUAUCCAUUUGAUUCUCCAAGACCUGUAAAUGUUAAAGCAACUGGUAGAAUCAAGUUUCAGGGGCAGGUUACCAAGAUUUCAAAUGUUUCUUGCCAAUCUGCUACUGAUGGACAUGAUGCUAGUCCUAGAAAUGUUGAUAGUCUUGAUGGUGAUGUUUUAGUCUCUGGCCUGAAGCUCAAUCAGUUAAUGCUGGCUCCUCAAUUGGCUGGACAUAUGAGCUUUUCACGUGAUCGUAUUAAACUGGAUGCCUCAGGUAGGCCAGAUGAAAGUCUUUCUCUGGAGGUCGUAGGACUCUUACACAAGACAGUUGAAGAAUCAUUAGGAAAAUUGUUAUCAUUUUCUCUUCAAAAAGGACAACUGAAAGCAAAUAUUUGCUAUCAACCGACAGUUUCAGCUAACUUAGAGAUUCGUAACUUGCCGUUGGAUGAAUUAGAGCUGGCUUCACUUAGGGGAACUAUGCAGAGGGCAGAAGUUCAAUUGAAUUUUCAAAAACGAAGGGGCCUCGGAGUUCUUUCAAUGUUACGUCCAAAAUUCAGUGGAGUCUUAGGUGAAGCCUUGGACGUUGCUGUCAGAUGGAGUGGAGAUGUUAUUACUGUUGAGAAAACUGUUUUGGAACAAAGCUAUAGCCGAUAUGAGCUUCAAGGUGAAUAUGUGUUGCCUGGUACACGAGAACGGAAAUCCAGUUCUGAACAGAGUGGCGACUUUUUCAGUAGGGCAAUGGAUGGCCAUCUGGGUAGUGUUAUAUCAUCAAUGGGUCGGUGGAGAGUGAGACUUGAAGUUCCUCGAGCUGAGGCUGCUGAAAUGCUUCCACUUGCAAGGCUCCUUUCCCGUAGUACCGACCCUGUUGUUCGCUCUAGAUCAAAGGACUUCUUCAUGAAAAGCUUGCAAACAGUGGGUUUAAGUGCUGGAAAUCUCCAAGAACUUCUUGAGGUCAUUCGAUUGGAUUAUACUCCAUCUGAUGAAGUUAUACCUGAAGAUAUUAGUCUACCUGGAUUGUCGGAACUCAAAGGCCACUGGCAUGGAUCCCUUGAUGCAAGUGGUGGUGGCAAUGGUGAUACAGUGGCAGAAUUUGAUUUCCAUGGGGAUGAUUGGGAAUGGGGAGUUUAUAAGACCCAGCGUGUUCAAGCAAUUGGUGCAUACAGCAAUGAUGAUGGUUUACGGCUUGAGAAGAUUUUUAUCCAGAAGGACAAUGCUACCAUUCAUGCUGAUGGGACAUUGUUGGGACCAAAGACAAAUCUUCAUUUUGCCGUUUUGAAUUUUCCUGUUAGUCUAGUACCUAUGCUUGUGCAGGUGAUUGAAUCUUCAACCACUAAUGCAAUUGUUUCGUUGAGAAAAUUCUUAGCUCCAGUGAAAGGUAUACUUCACAUGGAGGGGGAUCUACGAGGCAAUCUCCUGAAACCAGAGUGUGAUGUUCAAGUUAGACUCCUGGAUGGCGCUAUUGGUGGUAUAGAUCUUGGUCGAGCGGAAGUAGUUGCUUCUUUGACCUCAGGAAGUCGUUUCCUCUUCAAUGCCAAGUUUGAACCUAUUGUUCAAAAUGGUCAUGUUCAUGUUCAAGGAAGCAUUCCAGUAACUUUUGCGAACAACAAUAUUUCAAAAGAAGACGAAGUUACGAAUAGUGGCAGAACAAGCUGGACUCCAGGUUGGGCUAAGAAUAGAGGCAGAGAAUCUAACGACGGUGAUGCUGAAAAAAAAGCAUCAAGGGACAGAAAUGAAGAUGGUUGGGACAUCCAACUUGCUGAGAGUUUGAAGGGGUUGAACUGGAAUUUAUUAGAUGCUGGAGAAGUCAGAGUUGAUGCUGACAUAAAAGAUGGGGGGAUGCUGUUAUUAACUGCUUUGUCUCCUCAUGCGGACUGGCUUCAUGGCAAUGCAGAAAUUACUCUUCAGGUGAGAGGCACUGUUGAACGACCAGAGCUAGAUGGAUCUGCAACUUUCCAUAGGGCAUCUGUAUCAUCACCAGUACUUCGUAAACCUCUUACAAAUUUAGGCGGUAGAGUUCUUGUGAAAUCCAAUCGCCUAUGCAUCAGCUCUUUGGAAAGUAGGGUAAGUAGACGAGGAAAGCUACUACUCAAAGGAAAUCUUCCGCUUACAUCAGCUGAAGCUUCUCCUGAUGAUAAGAUUGACUUGAAGUGUGAAGUCCUGGAAGUUAGGGCCAAAAAUAUAUUGAGUGGACAGGUUGAUACUCAGUUACAAAUAACUGGAUCUAUAUUGCAACCGAGUAUAUCUGGCAAUAUAAAGCUAAGUCAAGGAGAAGCAUAUUUGCCGCACGAUAAGGGUAGCGGAACUGCUCCGUUUAAUAGAUUGCCCUCCAAUCAAACAAGACUCCCAAAGGAUACUUUUAAUCGAAUGGUUGCUGCAAGAUAUGUUUCACGUUUUUUUGGUGCCGAACCUGUUAUCUCAACUUCAAGCUUCUUGCAACCCUUAGGAAAACAAGCUGAAGUUGGGAAGCAAACUGAGCAAGUAAAUAAAAAACCACAAUUAGAUCUACAAUUGAUCAACUUAAAACUUGUUCUUGGACCAGAAUUGAAAAUGGUUUAUCCCUUGAUAUUGGAUUUUGCUGUGAGCGGGGAGGUAGAGCUGAAUGGUAUUGCCCAUCCUAAACUGAUUAAACCUAGAGGAGUUCUUACCUUCGAGAAUGGUGAUGUUAAUCUUGUUGCAACACAGUUUAGGCUUAAACGAGAGCAUUUGAAUGUUGCCAAAUUUGAGCCUGAUAAUGGAUUGGAUCCGACAUUGGACCUUGCUCUGGUUGGUUCAGAGUGGCAAUUCAGGAUUCAAGGUCGGGCUAGUAAUUGGCAUGAAAAGUUGGUUGUGACAUCUACGCGAUCUGUUGAACAGGAUGUUCUUUCUCCAACAGAGGCUGCUAGAGUUUUUGAAAGCCAGUUGGCAGAGUCAAUUUUGGAAGGUGACGGCCAGCUUGCACUCAAGAAGCUCGCGACUGCAACGCUCGCGACCUUAAUGCCAAGAAUAGAAGGGAAGGGUGAAUUUGGGCAUGCUAGAUGGAGGCUUGUUUAUGCACCACAAAUCCCGAGUCUGCUGUCUGUUGAUCCCACCGUUGAUCCUCUCAAGUCUCUGGCCAGCAAUUUAUCAUUUGGCACUGAAGUCGAAGUUCAACUUGGCAAACGACUACAGGCUUCAGUUGUUCGACAAAUGAAGGAAUCGGAAAUGGCAAUGCAGUGGACUUUAAUAUACCAGCUUACUAGCCGUUUAAGAGUGCUGCUACAAUCUGCACCAUCAAAACGACUUCUUUUUGAAUAUUCUACCACAUCACAGGAUUAAGCUUCAUUGGCUAUCAAUAGUUUGUUUUCGAUUGUCUGCUGGAAGUAAGAAAUACAAGUUCAGUCGUUACGAGACUUUUUGAUGCGUCCCUUGUCACUCCAGCCCACGAAAAAUCAAGAAUUGUGCAUCGGGUAGGAAUUAAAAUUUGUACAUAGAACCAUUUUUUGUACACAAAAUGAAACUUUUGUUCAUAGAUGAUGCCUUGUAGCUCCCCCACCCCAUUUCCUCUCUUUUCUGGAUUUUUGUUAGGAACUUAGGAUUUGUAACACUAUCCAGCUGAUGAACAAGUGCUUAUGAACUAUUUUGUAUGUUGGUGAUUGAUUUUGUGUAUAUGAAUAUAUCAUUCAUUUAAUUACUUAUAUAUGCUUUUUCAAGCUA